AAGAUGUCUGUUGAUGCAGCAUGAUGCAGCAGACAGACACUAAAGUUGGAGAUGAGAAGUGCAACUCAGGAAAGACAAACCGUUGAACUCAGAAAUUCACUGCAACUGAAGAAGAAGAAGACUGCAGCUGGGGCUUACUGGUAUACCUUCUGAUACAACAUCCACACUGCAACUACAGUCUAAAGAGUCAAGAUCAUCAUGAAUACUGCAAUGACUGUUAUUGUUCUUCUGGUCUGCUCAGACGUCAUCUACAUGAUACAAGGGAGAACUAUACAAGAUCCUCGGUGCCGCUGCCCUACAGUACAUGCAGGUGGGGUGAAUAUCAGUUUAAUCAGGAAACUGACUUAUUACCCUCCUCGCUCACACUGCUCUAAGGAAGAAGUCAUUGUCACACUGAAAACCGGAGGUUUGCUCUGUCUCGACCCAAAUGGGAGCUUUGCCAAAAAACUGAUUAAAAGACAGACCAAAGUAAAUCAACAGCGUCAGAAUCAACGUUCCAUUGAGACUCUCUCCCCACAUCCCACCACUAGCACUUGCUGCAACCCCUCUGCUGGCUUGCCUCUGAAGCCGGGUUGGGCCGGUCGAGCGAUGAAUGGUGGACCGUAACCAGAACAAGUGGUGUUGGAGUGCCAGUAGGGGGCACUGUUUCCUCUGGUCCAAAGAGACAGAUCCUUUCCUGCAUUGAAAUUACCCACUGGCCUAAUGGGUGGAAUGUUAUUCAUAUGUUUCAUAAUUUCAUAAUUGAUAAAUGUAUAUUUUUUUUUUGUUGCCGAAAAUCCGGUGUUUCUAUGUGAAAUAGUUUUGUUAUAUUUCAGUCUUCUGUGGGGUAUAUUGUUAGGUUCUAAAUUAACCUAGUAAAACUCACUUGACGAUUAGUAAAUCUUAAACCAAGUUUAUUCGCCCAAUGGGUGAAUACAGCUGCAUCAGACAAAAGACAUAUUCACACAAGCACUGAUAUUUAACCCUUUCUCCUAUGCUGAGUCUCCUCCUACACAUCUGAAUAGCCAAUACAUCUCUGUUGCUAGACAGAACCUUAGUGAUAUCUGUUCUUCCUCACUUCAUCUGACCUGACCUCUGCCCCAAAGUGCUUACUCGUCUUAUCAGUGCUGCCACAUGUGAUCAUUUUCCCUGCACUCAGCACAUUCCAAGCUUAAUUGCACCCACCGUAUACCUUCCUCCUACAGAUAACCAUUCACUUCUGGUGUAGACCCUCCCUAGACCAUAGCACUCAAUACUUCAAUAGGAUACCAGAUAAUUAACCCUAUUUCAAGUUUUAGGAGUCAGAACCCAGAAUGCAUCAAUAUAAAAUAAAAUAUUUGGGUGCAAACUCAAAAUGCAAUACAUUUCAACUCUAUAUCUGACAUGGUACAUGUGCCUUCUUUUUUAAGCCCAUAACCAUGUGUGUGAAGUGUAUACUUUUGUUUCAAAUGUGGAUUUGUUUAAG